UGCAGACUGCUUCUACAAACAUUUGUGAAAUAAUGGAUUGCUCUCAGGAGCUCAGUUUAUUCAAGCGUGGUACCGUGAUAGGUUGCCACCUGUGCAAUAAGUCCAUCCGUGACAUUUCCUCGCUACUAAAUAUUCCACGGUCAACUGCUAGUUGUAUUACAACAAAGUGGAAGCAACUGGGAACAACAGCAACUCAGCCACAAAGUGAGCGGGGUCAGCACAUGCCGUGCUGAAGCGCACAGUGCGCAGAAGUCACCAACUGACUGCAGAGUCAAUAGCUAAAGACCUUCAAACUUCAUGUGGCCUUCAGAUUAACACAACAACAGUGCAUAGAGAGCUUCAUGGGUUUCCAUGGC